AUGCUUGUCACAUCUUCACUCAACAUGAUCAUCAUCAACCAAGACGACCAUAGGCCUUCACCCAACAUCACCGUCGACAAUAUCGACCAUGAACCUUCACUCAACACCAACAUCAUUCAAGUCGACCAUGGACAUAUCUUCACUCAACAUCAACAUCAACCAUGUCGAUGA